UGCUAAUUAAGCGUAAAGUUUUAUUGCCUUGUUCUUACAAAGUAUUAAUUAGAACUUUUGCUAGAUACCUAGUACCUACUUGUAGUUCUUUCAAGUUUCAAUGGAAUCAGAGGGAGUGAACGAAUUGCUAAAUUCAGAAGUCGUCAAACUGGCAACGUCCUUGUUCGGAUCUCAAACCGGAAAUGCCUUUAUCAAAAGUCCUUUUUAUUAUUUUGACUUCAAAAUAAACUUUGUUUAAGAUAAAACAAUCUGUUUCGGUAUUAAUUAAUACUUAAAAAAAGUAUGUUUAUGAACUAUUUUCCUGUAAUGCAGUAAUAGGACAAGAUGAAGCAAAAAUUCCGCAAUAAAAAGUGUCUCAAUUGACAGAGCGUCAUUGUACGUAAUGGAGUCGAAGUUCUGUUCAACAAAGUUUUGAUUGAAGAAAUUGACUAUUUUUAUGCAAAUAUCACAUAGAACUGUGUAUAAUUUUGUAUUGUCGGAGGAAAGUGAAUAUUUAGAAGUAAUUUAUGGAUACCAAGGCGGAUAAAACGUGUCUAAACAACCUCAUUUUGUUCUCAAUGAACGUUUGCAGCUCAAUUACCAAUAUGGGAUCACUGAAAGCAGCAUAAGAGGGCUUUAUUAGCUAUUCAGAGCGCCCAAACACGCGGGUUAAUGGUUUUAAGAGGGCAAGUUUGUUUUCCAACGUCAGAUGAAGGAAUGGCUUCGGACCAACCUGUUAAGAAGAAACAGAGGAUAGACGGGCCCGAUAUCGACGAUGGAAGCGACAGGUCUGGUGAGGACAUCCUCACGGAGUUAUAUGACUCUGAAACCCCUCUUGUGGACACUUCAGGGGACUACACAUCCAGGAAUGGGGAGUCUCCAGACAGCGGUACAGUAAGUGAGGAUGCGGUCGAUUGUUCAUCCAUCCUGAGGCUUCCUAGUGACACAAAUGUGGACAUCCCAUCCUGUUCCAACAAUGUACCGCAUUGGACAGCUGCAGAUGAUAAACUCUUAUCUGAGCUACGGAUCAUCCAAACAGCUUUAGUCGGUCAGUGCUUGUGUGGUUUUAAUGAAAACACUAUCUCGCAGCUCUUUGAUAGGCGUUUACAUAUUGCCGCCUGGCCGUUAACCUGUUCCCUAACAUACCUAUCCACUAUGCAACUUAUGUUUGACAUAUAUUUGAAGCAAAACCACACAGGCACUAUAUGCUCACGACUGAUGUAUGCAUGCGAUGUUUUUGUUAGAAACAGGCACGAUUGGAUAACUGAGGUUGUUGAACUAUCUGAACACAAGAGCAAAUUCAUGACGUUUGUUGCUUGCAGGGUACUAGCUAGUUUUUUAAUUGUUUCAAAAGAUACCGUAGACGAAAAUUGGUUACAACAGAUCACGGAGAACAUCUAUUUGUUUGAUAGAAUAAACAGGAUAACCGUUCAAAAGAUCAACUUUAGCUUAGACAUAAUCAAAAGAAUAGUGGAGUGGAAAGAUGUAGAACAGCAUCCUCUAGAAGAGAGUAGUUAUGUAAAUACAGCAGGAAACGUUCAGGUCCAAGAAGAUAAUCCGUUUAGAAGUAGUACAAGUAGUAGUAGUGCACAAACCCCUUCUAGUUCUCGUAGUGAUAAUUUACAUAGUGCCUUUUCCAAUUUGCAAACGCAUGGUUCACCGUCAACCUCCUGUGAAAAGUCCAGUAGCAGGCCUGUACAGUUUAAACUUCAUGAGCCAGUUUUGAAGUUCCCCGUGGAGACAAGCAGUGGCACGGAGCAACCUGUUUCACCUGAACCGCCUCCAUCAAGGAUAGAAAGGGUUAAUGAACAUGGUUGCAUAACUGUAGUACUGACUGACUCUGAAUCCUUUGACACAUCUCACAUAAAGUGUCUAACGAUAAAAACUUUAGAGCACCACUGGCCGGCAUUGGUCAAAAACAUGAAGCUUCUUUUGCUAAGGUACCUGAAUUUAUCUAACGCUGAAAAUUGUAUAUUAACGUUUUUCUCCCUAUGGGAGAACAUAAUUAGUGUGAAGGCGAAUCUCUCAGUAAUAGAUACGAAACCUUUUUAUGCAGAUUUGCAGGGUUUUGUUGAUUUGUUAAGGAAUACUAUGUUGCCGAGUUUAAUUUAUACGCAAAUGCUCAGUUUAUUCAACGAGGUGCUGUGCUAUGGAUCCACACUCGCUCUGCAGGAUAUAUUGCCUGAAGAAAUAUGUUGUCUCGCUCAUUCAAUUGUAAGAUACGUCAAAGAUUUCAGACUACUAAGUGAAGUCAGGGUUCAGAAUAGUAGAAGUGGUUUCGGUUUCUUAGGUCACAAUUGCACGGUAAUCAGGAAUUAUGCAUUAGGCCCAGACGUUGCACCGUUAUCUUCUUCCAUACAGCUGGUAGACCAGAGUUAUGGAGAAGAUGAGAACGAGGAAUCUGCUCAAUCAUCGAACAUAGAUAAGACAAUGUUACAACGUAUGUCUCUAUUAGUGUUAAAAUCAGUAGCGGUCACAGUCAAAGAAAUGCGAUGCGAUUCUUCCGAUAGUUCUAUAGACUCGUCUGACUAUAAUGCCAUACAAGACAUGCAGAUUGUGGAAAGGUCUAUCCGCGAUGUUUUGAAGAAGCUGGAUGUGUUUAUCCGAAACUGUUUUGAGUUCCACCCGGAGACUCCAUUCACAAAGAUGCUUGUACACUUAUUCAGCGAACAAGAUGAUUACCUGAUCGAAUCUAUGGUUUGCACUCUAGAUAUCACCGUGGGUAUUGUCUAUAGAAACUCCAUGUAUCCAGAUUUGAUACCCAUGUUAAAUCCGAUCAUGUCUUUCAUUGAGUUUCUCAAGGUUGUAUCGCACGAUAGCGAUGUGCUCUUGGACUAUCUUGUGAGCAAUGAGACCUGUUUCUUGCUGUAUUUGUUGCGAUUUUUGAAGUAUGUUAGGCGGAAUUGGCCCAAGUUCCUAGAGACGUGCCAACAGACCGACUCUGGCAGUUCCAGAGGUCUGGAUGACACGAUGAGGGUGUUGAUACGGUUACGGUUACAGAUAAGCCGGUUAGUAUCAAGAUCGCUGUUCCCUUACAACAUAAGCCCUGUUCUUAGGCUGCUUGAAGUCUGUGAGAGCUUGUAUGAAGGGAAUGAAUUUAGCUGAAUAAUAUUGCCAAUGUAAUAAUUAUUAAUUAUUAUGGUCAUUUUUAAUGGUACAAAUUUUAUUCUAAAAUCUGAGGUUCACUAUUUUUUUAUUUUUAUGAAUCUGUUCUUCUUCUUUUCUUCUCUAUGGCUCUUUGUACUGCGGCUUAUGAUUCUGUUGACAUAAAAUGAAAUAUGGAGUACUUAUAUAAAUAAAAUUUCAUUCCUGUAUACAUUGUAGAUUAUUUAAUUUGUUUUAAUGAAUAAAUACCAUGUAUUUUCUAUUAAUUUGUGUUGGUUGUAAUUUGUAGUGAGUGACUAUAAUAAUCAAAAUAAACAGUUUUUUUUUUUUUUGUAGAUGAAAUCAUUAAUAAAUAGGUCAUGAAUAAAAAGUUAUACUUUUUAACUGUUCUACUUAAUAAUCAUGAUUCAUGUAAUAUUAAUUUUUGAAAUAACUUUCAAUAAAGACUGGCGCAAUAAUUAAUUAAUUAACAUUCCAAAAUUGGUUAAUUAUAAUUUGUCUAAUGUUAGGUUUUUAGUGUUUAAUUUAAACCAGGAUAAAUAAUUUAUAUUAAAUGUAAUGUUGUAAUUAUAUUUACUGUAUAUUAAUUUAAUAAUUCUUCAUGAAAGUCUUCCUCAUUAAUAAAUAAUUAAUUAUGUUAUAGUCAAAAGCCAAACCAACCAUAUCAUCCUGGUUUGCUAGCUUUUUACGGCCCAUCUGUUUAAGGUGCAUGCGACGGGUCUGCCCGCGAAAUUCAAAUUUAAUUUGGUUUUUCACAAUUUGUA